UAGUCACUUCAUGCUACAGAAACCGGGAUAAGCUCUGACCUGAUGGGCCACUUGGCUCGUAUACAGACUUCACCUGCCUUACAUCAUAGUUACAGCUUGGCUUUUUUUUUGCACUCUGGCACCUACAAGGCACGUGCAAACUAUCUCACUCCUGACUCUGUAAUCAUUAUGUAAUCAUGUUAUCUCUUUUUCCGCUUGCUCAUUUAACUGAGCACAGCCAGAAGAUAGUGAAAUUUACAGCUCAUUCUUGUUGCUUUAAUAACGAAAAAAAGACCUGCUCUGUCAUUUUAGUAAGGAACAACACUAUAUUUCGAAUUGACCAAGCGUGAAAUCUUGCAGGUGCAAGAUGACAGCUUAUUAAAUUAUUCACACUUGUUUUUACUGGCGUCUCAAAGUGAGCUUGCUAUCAAACUAUGAAGUGAUAGCAUACCAGAGUUUAUGUACAAGGACAUGGCUUUUAUGACACCUUACCUCCGAAAAGGAACAGAUGGUCGCGAUCGGAUGAGAGCUCGAAUGACUGUUUGUGCUCUAGCACCAAAACACCAAAUUGUUGGCCAAUAAUGUUCUGUCACAAUCGGGCAACUUUGGAGAAUGAAUUCUCGAAAACGACCAUCCUUGCCGAUUAACCGAGGCUUUUGAACGACGUGAAACAAGUAGUAUGUGAUGUAGAUUACGAAAAGAACUGUCAGGAGAGGUAACCACUGCCACUGAUAAAGAAUAUCUAAAAACUCUUGGACAGAAGUCAUCUUGACAAUCUACUUGCAAUCCAUUUGAUGCGGAAAGCUGCGAAUGAACGGACUUUGACUUUAGUAAUGCCCAGCGAGUCACGUGCAUCACGUUCCGAAACGACCGAGGUAGACGGGAAGGGAGACUGGAACAUGGUAUGAGUUGAAAAAACAAUGGUGGAUGUUGAGAUUUCCUUGAAUAUUCUUCGUAGUUUACGGUGAUCUACAACGAAAAACGACGAUUUAGAAUUUUAGAAUAUUGUCUUUAACGAUGACUGACUUAUUCAAUCAUUACGAGCAACAGUUUGGCAAUAUUAGCGCAGAAAUCACCGCAAGGAUAUGCAAGAUUCCCAAUCUUCACGGAUCUGCCAAACAAAGCGCGGUCAGUGAUGUGGAAAGAUGUUUCGACGAAGCUAGAGAAUUGGUAAGGGAAAACUUGCUUUAUUGUGUCAAAAUUGAUGGAAAUCCAAUUACCAUAAAAGAGCAAUUUUUAAUUUUAGAAUUUCGAAAUUCCAGACUCAAAAAAUGCCCAAAAUUUGCAUCUAGGGCCAGAUUGUUGGACAAUACUGAAAGAGUGGAACGGUCUGGAAGACAACUAGAGGAAGGUUAUAAAAUGUGUGUGGAGACAGAACAAAUAGGAGUUGACAUUAUGAAUAAUUUACACAGAGACAGAGAAGUCAUAGAGCGAGCAAGAGAAAGAACAAGGGGAACCGACAAGAACCUGUCAAAAAGCUCAAGGAUUUUAACAGGAAUGAUGAGAAGGAUAAUCCAGAACAGGAUAAUAAUGGCUGUCAUUUGCCUUGCGAUACUGGGAGUUAUUGGACUUAUCAUAUACUAUGCUGUCAAAUAAUGUCAGUCAGUCAUAUUCACCUGUUAUAAUCACAUCUUUGCCAAUUAAUUUGAUGUAUAGUAAAUUGACUGAGUUUGGUCACAAACAACAACUGAUAUUGCAAGAAUGAAGAAACCAAGUUGAUUCCAUUACAUUCUACUCUAACUAUGUUAUUAUGACGGGUUGCUCCAGAAAUAUCCUGGCAGGGCCUUUUCUUGGAGGGUUAAACCAGGGUUGUAGCUAAGAUAAUAGUCUCCCGGCUAAGAUUUUCAUUGAGCCAGUCACCGUUUUUCAUGAGAGACCUGAAACAAAAUUUUUGUCCCCAAUCUUUUGCAACAUCUUGAAUGUGGGGCUACCAAGCUUUGUGUUUACAAGAUGGCAGAGGCAGUACACAGAAAGAGAACAUGCUAAACAAGCGCUCAAAACAAGAUUUUAUUUCAAUUGCUUUACCCAUCGUAGUGGCACAGAUACUCAAGGUAGUCAGGAAUUCAUUCAACACUUUUCAUUUAGACGCUUCAAUAUGGUUCAGAUAUCCAAUGAUUGUACGUAUGUAACCUAAAAACCAUUUGUUGUCCUGUACCGAGUGAUCGCCCACCAAAAUCUAGCUGGCAAUCACCUCUUUCUCAGCCGGCGAAUUUCGCUGGCAGCCAGCGCUUAGCUAUGACCCUGGUUAAACUCCCAUCCUACCCCUGUCAAAAUACUUUAGGAAAUAUCCACACCCCUCUCAGGGAAUCUUUGGAGUGUUAAAACUCCCAUUGCACCCCUCUCAAGAUUCCCAUUACCCAUCUCUUCCUUGGAGAUUCCAAUAACCAUUUUGGAGCGGGUAUGGAUAUUUCCUUGAAAUGUGCAAUUCAGUAGAUAUUUCCUAUAGCUCAGUUGCCCUAAACAUGUGAUAAGCCAAAGAUGGGAGUUAUGUUUUACCAAAAUUCACAUCUUGUGCAUAAAUUGUUCAAUUGAAUAGAACUUAAUGUUUUGAACAAACUAGCAUAAUAUUAACAGAAUUAUCAUUAAUUACUAUAUUACACAGCUUUGGCGAGAUCUCACAAACAGGAAGGCAUGAAAAUAUUGAUAGAAAAUAAUUCCACUUGUCUCCCCACUAGUUGUCAGAAAAUUUCUGACAGGUAACAUACAAGGGCAAACAUCUGUGUAUAUUUAAUAUACACAGAUGUUUGUCCUGGUAUGUCACCUGUUUCCUACAAUUCACAAGUUUGAGAGUGACUUCAUAGAACAGAUAAUGUUCAUGAACAAAACCUGAGGGUAUUUCCCGGCUUUUUGCAAUAAUAUGCAUAAGUUCAAGCAAUCUUUAAUAUCUGCACUAUUUGGUGUCAAAAUUAUUUUAAAUAUCGUGUAACUUUGAUCUGAGAAUUAUGCCAAGUCUACAUAUCAAUUAUUCCAUGAUCGUGUGUUGGAUAUGAGAUGAUAGAUAGCCAAUGAGGUGCAUAGCACUGAGUUAGCUGUAAUCAUCUCAUAUCCAACAAGCGCAAGUGGAAUAAUUGUUUUAUUAAAAACGCCUCCAAAUUACAGAAAACUAGACUAAAAUAACGCUAAAAACGGCAGAAAAAUUGCACGUAGGCUUACUAUGUUUGCAGAGCAUGGUGUAAUGGCUCAUAACCCAUGAUGGCUAAGCCAAUGAAAACUCUCAAAUUACAUUAUCUAAUGAUCCGGUUUUUAACAAAUAUUAUUAUCCAACUCCAGUCAGUCAGGUUCAAAUAAUGAAAUUUAUUUAGUGGAAUUAUAUAUUAGAUUUAUAUGUAGGAUAAGCAAGUUAUUUAUGCUUGCUUUGGUCUUGAUUCCCUGAAAGUUUUGUUGUUUCACUGGCUAACUUAGGCUUAGUUACCAUUACCUUCCUACGCAGAACUCCUUCAUGACUUCACAGGAGGCUAGGUUACUAAGUGCUGUUCAUUCUUGUCACCAGAGGCUGCCAUCUUUUUUGGUCAGCAUCAAAAAUCGCGACCUCUGGAUGCUGGGUGGGUCUAACAAUCUUGUUCCAGAAGCUCCAACAAGGAACCAUCCACACCACGCCGGAGGAAUUUGAAAACGCUUUAUUUCUACCGUUAGGCCUACCGUCCACACUAGUCCAUCAGGAAAACGGACCUUUUCGAAAACGCUCUUUAAACCGGAAGGAUUUGAAAAAACGCCCGCUUUGCGUUUUAGUGUGGACGGUAAACA